AUGGAUCUAGGGUGCGAGGCAAAGAAUCGGCCCAAAUGGUGUAAGUACCACAACUUGGAAGACCAUGACACCACCGACUGUUUUACGCUUAAAGGUCAAAUCAGACAGCUACUCAAGGCGAAACAGUCAUGGGCGACGAAGAGGAAGGAAUCUAAGGAAGCCGAGAGUGGCGAGGGCGAAGGAACGGUGGAAACAGCUAACGUGAUCAUUGUCGGGGGUCGCGAGGGUGGCGAUGGCGUAUCAACAAUAGGGCGAAGACAGGCAGAGAUGACAGCAUCGAUGCAAGGCUGUCCGGCUCGGCCUGGAUACGAACACCCAUACAUAGUAAUAUCGUCCGCAAAUUUUGAAGCAAUCAAGACCCAUACAGAUGAUCCCUUAAUGGUAAUGGUGAGAAUCAGAGGUUUCAAUGUGUGGAGGGUGCUAUUGGACCAAGGUAGCUCAGCCGAUAUAAUCUACGGGAACGCAUUUGAGCAGUUGGGACUGAGGGAUGAGGAUUUAAGGCCAUACACAUGA